AUGGGAUAGGAGACACGCCUCCUUUCAGCUAGGAAUCUAUAAAUACCAAGGGGUUUUUAUUCAAAGUGAGAAGAACCCAGCAAAAUGGGGAUCUCCAGACUCAUCCUUCAAAUGUGCCUAUUUGGUCAAGUUCUAUCUUCAGUUUCUGUAACACCGACAAGAGAAGACAGCUCGGAAACCACUUUUGGAAGGACACACGUGUCAACUGGUUCCUUUACACGUCUUUGGGAAGCGUCGGAUGCCUCUGCUUCAGCCGGUGCAUCAAGUGGUCAGUGGACCGCCCGGACUACAGACUAUGGUUUGCCUGUGCGACUGGUGAAUGGAAGUGACCAGUGUCAGGGCCGGGUGGAGCUCCUGUACCAAGGCUCCUGGGGGACCGUGUGUGACGACAACUGGGACAUCCAGGAUGCAGAGGUCGUCUGUCGGCAGCUUGGCUGUGGCCAAGCGGUGUCGGCCCCAGGGGAGGCCUUCUUUGGCCAGGGCUCCGGGAACAUUCUCUUGGGCACAGUGGACUGCUCAGGACGGGAGUCCUCCCUGUCCAGCUGCCCCAACGGUGGCUGGAACCGCCACGAAUGUAGACACAGGGAAGACGCAGGAGUCGUGUGCUCAGCUUCUGUGCUUUCCACGGAGGGGCCCCAGACGACGGCUGCGGAAGGGUUCGGGACAGAAGGCGGUUUGGACCUGAGGCUGGUGAACGGUGGUGAACGGUGUCAGGGCCGGGUGGAGGUUCUCUACCGAGGCUCCUGGGGGACCGUGUGUGACGAUGACUGGGACCUCAAUGACGCCAACGUGGUGUGCAGGCAGCUGGGCUGUGGCUGGGCUAUGUCUGCUCCGGGAAGUGCCCGGUUCGGUCAGGGCUCGGGGCCCAUUGUCCUGGACGAUGUGCGCUGCUCAGGCCAUGAGUCCUACCUAUGGAGCUGCCCACACCAAGGCUGGAACUCACACAACUGCAACCAUGGGGAGGACGCUGGUGUCAUCUGCUCAGCCGCUCAGUCCCAUUUGACACCGUGGCCGGGGUUCGGGACAGAAGGCGGUUUGGACCUGAGGCUGGUGAACGGAGGUGAACAGUGUCAGGGCCGGGUGGAGGUUCUCUACCGAGGCUCCUGGGGGACCGUGUGUGACGAUGACUGGGACAUCAAUGACGCCAACGUGGUGUGCAGGCAGCUGGGCUGUGGCUGGGCUAUGUCUGCUCCGGGAAGUGCCAGGUUCGGUCAGGGCUCGGGGCCCAUUGUCCUGGACAACGUGCGCUGCUCAGGCCAUGAGUCCUACCUAUGGAGCUGCCCACACCAAGGCUGGAACUCACACAACUGCAACCACGGGGAGGACGCUGGUGUCAUCUGCUCAGGGUUCGGGACAGAAGGCGGUUUGGACCUGAGGCUGGUGAACGGAGGUGAACGGUGUCAGGGCCGGGUGGAGGUUCUCUACCGAGGCUCCUGGGGGACCGUGUGUGACGAUGACUGGGACAUCAAUGACGCCAACGUGGUGUGCAGGCAGCUGGGCUGUGGCUGGGCCACGUAUGCACCUGGAAAUGCCCGGUUCGGUCAGGGCUCGGGGCCCAUUGUCCUGGACGAUGUGCGCUGCUCAGGGCACGAGUCCUACCUGUGGAGCUGCCCUCACCGAGGCUGGAACUCGCACAACUGUAACCAUUGGGAGGACGCCAGUGUCAUCUGCUCAGGGUUCGGGACAGAAGGCGGUUUGGACCUGAGGCUGGUGAACGGCGGUGAACGGUGUCAGGGCCGGGUGGAGGUUCUCUACCAAGGUUCCUGGGGGACCGUGUGUGACGAUGACUGGGACAUCAAUGACGCCAACGUGGUGUGCAGGCAGCUGGGCUGUGGCUGGGCCACAUCUGCUCCGGGAAGUGCCAGGUUCGGUCAGGGCUCGGGGCCCAUUGUCCUGGACGAUGUGCGCUGCUCAGGGCACGAGUCCUACCUGUGGAGCUGCCCGCACCAAGGCUGGAACUCACACAACUGCAACCACGGGGAGGACGCUGGUGUCAUCUGCUCAGCCGCUCAGUCCCAUUCGACACCAUGGCCGGGCACAUGGCCAAACACUGCCCCGGCCUCAGCUCCAGGAAGCACAGACUCAGGGUUCGGGACAGAAGGUGGUUUGGACCUGAGGCUGGUGAACGGCGGUGAACGGUGUCAGGGCCGGGUGGAGGUUCUCUACCGAGGCUCCUGGGGGACCGUGUGUGACGAUGACUGGGACAUCAACGAUGCCAACGUGGUGUGCAGGCAGCUGGGCUGUGGCUGGGCCACGUAUGCACCUGGAAAUGCCCGGUUCGGUCAGGGCUCGGGGCCCAUUGUCCUGGACGAUGUGCGCUGCUCAGGGCACGAGUCCUACCUGUGGAGCUGCCCUCACCGAGGCUGGAACUCGCACAACUGUAACCAUUGGGAGGACGCCAGUGUCAUCUGCUCAGGGUUUGGGACAGAAGGCAGUUUGGACCUGAGGCUGGUGAACGGAGGUGAACGGUGUCAGGGCCGGGUGGAGGUUCUCUACCGAGGCUCCUGGGGCACCGUGUGUGACGACGACUGGGACAUCAAUGACGCCAACGUGGUGUGCAGGCAGCUGGGCUGUGGCUGGGCCACGUAUGCUCCGGGAAAUGCCCGAUUUGGUCAGGGCUCGGGGCCCAUUGUCCUGGACGAUGUGCGCUGCUCAGGGUAUGAGUCCUACCUGUGGAACUGCCCGCACCGAGGCUGGAACUCCCACAACUGCAACCACGGGGAGGACGCUGGUGUCAUCUGCUCAGACACAUGGCCAAGCACGUCCACAACCUGGGCCCCAGGAAACACAGACUCAGGGUUUGGGACAGAAGGCAGUUUGGACCUGAGGCUGGUGAACGGCGGUGAACGGUGUCAGGGCCGGGUGGAGGUUCUCUACCGAGGCUCCUGGGGGACCGUGUGUGACGACGACUGGGACAUCAAUGAUGCCAACGUGGUGUGCAGGCAGCUGGGCUGUGGCUGGGCCACGUAUGCUCCGGGAAGUGCCCGGUUCGGUCAGGGUUCGGGGCCCAUUGUCCUGGACGACGUGCGCUGCUCAGGGUAUGAGUCCUACCUGUGGAGCUGCCCACACCGAGGCUGGAACUCGCACAACUGCAACCACGGGGAGGAUGCUGGCGUCAUCUGCUCAGCCGCUCAGUCCCAUUCGACAGCAUGGCCUGACACGUGGCCAAGCACGUCCACAACCUGGGCACCAGGAAGCACAGACUCAGGGUUUGGGACAGAAGGCAGUUUGGACCUGAGGCUGGUGAACGGAGGUGAACGGUGUCAGGGCCGGGUGGAGGUUCUCUACCGAGGCUCCUGGGGCACCGUGUGUGACGACGACUGGGACAUCAAUGAUGCCAACGUGGUGUGCAGGCAGCUGGGCUGUGGCUGGGCCACGUAUGCUCCGGGAAAUGCCCGAUUUGGUCAGGGCUCGGGGCCCAUUGUCCUGGACGAUGUGCGCUGCUCAGGGUAUGAGUCCUACCUGUGGAACUGCCCGCACCGAGGCUGGAACUCCCACAACUGCAACCACGGGGAGGAUGCUGGUGUCAUCUGCUCAGCCGCUCAGUCCCAUUCGACAGCAUGGCCUGGGUUUGGGACAGAAGGCGCUUUGGACCUGAGGCUGGUGAACGGAGGUGAACGGUGUCAGGGCCGGGUGGAGGUUCUGUACCGAGGCUCCUGGGGCACCGUGUGUGACGACGACUGGGACCUCAAUGACGCCAACGUGGUGUGCAGGCAGCUGGGCUGUGGCUGGGCUACAUCUGCUCCAGGAAGUGCCCGAUUUGGUCAGGGCUCCGGUCCCAUAGUCCUGGAUGAUGUGCGAUGCUCAGGGUAUGAGUCCUACCUGUGGAACUGCCCACACCGAGGCUGGAACUCCCACAACUGCAACCACGGGGAGGACGCUGGCGUCAUCUGCUCAGCUGCUCAGUCCCAUUCGACGUCAUGGCCUGACACAUGGCCAAGCACGUCCACGCCCUGGGCACCAGGAAGCACAGACUCAGGGAAUAGGACAGAAGGAGGUUUGGACCUGAGGCUGGUGAACGGCGGUGAACGGUGUCAGGGCCGGGUGGAGGUUCUCUACCAAGGCUCCUGGGGGACCGUGUGUGAUGACGACUGGGACAUCAAUGACGCCAACGUGGUGUGCAGGCAGCUGGGCUGUGGCUGGGCCACAUAUGCUCCAGGAAGUGCCCGGUUCGGUCAGGGCUCAGGGCCCAUUGUCCUGGACGAUGUGCGCUGCUCAGGGUAUGAGUCCUACCUGUGGAACUGCCCGCACCGAGGCUGGAACUCGCACAACUGCAACCACGGGGAGGACGCUGGCGUCAUCUGCUCAGCUGCUGGGUACCAGUCCACAGCCACACCAGAUUGGUGGUACACGAGUCCUUCCUAUGGGCCCAAUUCCAGUUUGGCCCUGAGGCUGGUGAAUGGAAGUGAUCAGUGUCAGGGCCGGGUGGAGGUUCUCUACCAAGGCUCCUGGGGGACCGUGUGUGAUGACGACUGGGGCCUCAACGAUGCCAACGUGGUGUGCAGGCAGCUGGGCUGUGGCUGGGCCACAUGGGCCCCUGGAAAUGCCCAGUUCGGUCAGGGCUCGGGGCCCAUUGUCCUUGACAAUGUGCGCUGCUCAGGGCACGAGUCCUACCUGUGGAAUUGUCCCCACAAUGGCUGGAACGUACACAACUGUGGACAUUACGAGGAUGCAGGUGUCAUCUGCUCAGGUGUCGAUGGCAGUCCCGAGGCAGGACCCUCAGAUGAAAAUUUCCACUGUGGCGGUUUGCUCACAAAUGCUUCGGGCUCCUUCACCAGCCCUUGGUACCCUGAAAAGCACCCCACAAAUGUGACAUGUGCCUGGGACAUACAGGUGGACGACAGGGCUCAUGUCAAACUAACGUUUGACAUGCUGGCGCUGGAAAGCACCCAUGGCUGUCCACACGACUUCGUUGAAAUCUUCGAUGGCCCUUGGAAUGAGUCUCUCUCCCUGGGGAGGUUCUGUUCCGGCACAACCCCGGUAUUUACCUCCUCCUCCAAUCACCUGACAGUGGUCUUCCACAGCACCGACACCGUCACCAACAGUGGCUUUCAUGCCACCUACGAGUCCAUCAUGCAAGAUGAGAAUAAUACUGAUGUGGCCCUCAGGCUGGCCAGUGGCAGUCACCGGUGCGAGGGCCGGGUGGAGCUGCGCCACAAUGGGACCUGGGGGACGGUGUGUGACGACGGCUGGGACUUGCACGAUGCCCAGGUUGUGUGCGGGCAGCUGGCCUGUGGCAGGGCUGUGUCAGCCCCCAGGGGAGCACAUUUCGACCCAGGCUGGGGCCCCAUCGCUUUGGACAACGUGGAGUGCGUGGGCACCGAAGACAGACUGUGGCAGUGCCCACAUGGUGGCUGGUUCUCCCAUGACUGCGGCCACCACGAGGACGCCAGCGUCAUCUGCUCCGCCGCCCUGCCUUCCUCAACACCUCCCGCCGCGGGGAGUCCCCCGGCUCCAGCGCAUUUCCCAAAGCCAACAGAGGUGCCCACGCCCACAGCUGCCGAUGUCGCCCCAGAACCGGCAGAAACAGCUCCUGCAGAUGCAGACGACUUGUCCAUGAUCAGGCUGGUGGGCGGGAGCAACCGCUGUGAAGGACGCGUGGAAGUCUACCACAAUGGCACGUGGGGGACAGUGUGCGAUGACCUCUGGGACAUCCACGCGGCCCGCGUGGUGUGCCAGCAGCUGGGCUGCGGGGAGAGCGUCGGCGCCCCGGGGAGCGGCCGCUUUGGGGCGGGCACGGGGCACAUCCUCCUGGAUGACUUGCAGUGCCGGGGCGACGAGACCACGCUGGGCCAGUGUCAGCAUCGGGGCUUGUCCGUCCACAACUGCGGCCACCACGAGGACGCCGGCGCCGUCUGCUCAGCCUCAACCACAGGAACGGCCACCUCACCUGCUUCGAUCUCAACCGCUCCGACAUCCACAGCAGACACGUCUGCAGUCUCAGCAGGAGUCACCUCUUCAUCUGACGUGCCUUCGACCUCCGCUGAAGAGGACUACCCCUCAGAUACAGCUCCCACUGCAGGCGAAGUGUCUUCCUCACCAGCCACAGAUCUGAUUUCAACAGAACUGACACCAUCACCUGUUACAACGUCAGUUGGUGAAGAAAUGGUCCCUUUACCUGACCCGCGCCUGCGCCUGGCAGGCGGGCGCAGCCGCUGCGAGGGCCGGGUGGAGGUCUGGAACCAGGGCGUGUGGGGCACGGUAUGCGACGACCACUGGAACAUCAGGAACGCCCGCGUCGUGUGCCGCCUGCUGGGCUGCGGCCGCGCGCUCAGCGCCCCUGGGCGCUGCCACUUCGGCCCGGGCUCGGGGCCCAUCCUGCUGGACGACGUGCGCUGCGCGGGCACCGAGGACGCGCUGGACCGCUGCGCCCACUCGGGCUGGGCUCGACACAACUGCCGGCACAGGGAGGACGCGGGCGCGGUCUGCGCAGGUGGAGCCGACUCUGUGGUGCCCAAGGACCACGCCACGCUCUCCUGCUCGCCUCACCUCUUCCGAGUCACCGUUGACCGAGGCUACCUCCGGAGGCUGGGCUUCUCCUCCUGGGACGUUCACUUAAAUGAUGAGUUCUGUCGCCCCCAAGUCACGGGGCGCUACCUGAUCUUCAGCAUCCCCUAUGGCCACUGUGGCACCAUCCAACAGGAAAGCUCCGGCUCGGUCAGCUACUCCAACUCCAUCCGAGGCCACCGGGUACGGGGCCACCCUGGCCGAAUCGUGGUGCGGCACAAGGUGCCUCAGCUGAAGUUCACCUGCACCGUCGAUGGCCCGUCAGCAAUUGAAAUUGUUCCCGGGGAAGACAGCCCACGGCAGGGUGCCAGCUAUGACGUGUCCAUAUCAUUCCUCGAGCUGCCCAUGUCCCCCCAGGAGGGGAGCAGGGGGCCGUACUACGCCAACCAGAGGAAAGAGGUCUUCCUCGAGGCCACACUCCACGGCCCCGAUCGCCACCUGAGGCUCUUCGUGGACACCUGUGUGGCUUCCCCAGAUCCUCAGGAUUUUACAACCAUCAAGUACGACUUGAUCCGACAAGGCUGCAUCAAAGACAAUACCUACGUCACCCUUCACUCUCACGGGAACACAGCCAAGUUCAAGUUUGAUGCCUUCAGCUUUCUCAGCAGCUACGAUGUGGUCUAUCUGCAAUGUAAGGUCGCCGUGUGCCAAGCAGGGGACCCCUCCUCCCGCUGCUCCCAGGGCUGUGUGGGGCGGAGUCAGAGGAGUGUGGGCCCCGUGGGGGCCACAGAGGAGCGGGCUGAGCACUUCCAGAUGGUGGGGCCCCUGGAAAUCCAGAGAGGAACCAGUCGGAGCAAGCACUUUGUGUGACUCCUUCAGUCUUCCCACAAAUCUGUUAGAAAUUAGAAGCAAUGUUUAUUUCUCUUCAAUGAACUAGUACAUUUGAUAAAUCAGAGGUUGUCUGUCCACAUGGACAUCCGGUAAAAAAGAAACAGCUGAAGAGGUUCUGACUGUGCUUUGUUGCUAAUAAAUCUUUUCUGAUUACUAAA